GGCGAUCAGCGCCAGGGAUGCGAGACUGGCCAUGGCCUGCGGGCUGCACGGGCGGCUGGGAGAGGAGAGCUGCAUCCAGCUCCUCGGAUGCGGCGACAUCCUCGUGGAGAUCCUGCGCUUCGUCCCCAUCAUCGUCCCUGACCAUGUGGAAACCCUGAAAGAAGCAGUGGAAGUAGCGCUCCCGAACCAGGUGAUAGUGCUGCGGAGAGGAGAGUAUAUUGUCGGCUCGAAUCCUGGGCAGUACGUCAUUGCUGGCAAGCAGGAGAGUGGGAACACUAUCCUCCAGCUCAUGCGCGAUGUCUCACUCUGUGGUGAAUCUGGAACCGUCUUGAAAGGGAUGCUGGUGAUUCCGAAACAAGUGAGUUGCUCUAUGAGCAACAUCACCAUCACCGAUGCCGGACAAAGCUGUGUGAGAGUGGAUUCAGGCAAGCUGUAUCUGGAUAACUGCUCGUUGAUAUGUGGGCAUGCAAGCGCUGUGAGGGUUGAAGGGGAUGGUGAGGUAGCAGCUAAGAGAUGCCGAUUGGGCGGUGAAGGAGAGAUUGGGAAAGCCGUUCCUGAGUUCUAUGAACUCCCGAGGACCUGGAUCGAUACGGCAGGGUCGGUGCAGGAGUACGGGCUUAGAAAGAACUCAUGCUAUGGCGUCUUCCUCCGAGACAGAGGGAGUGCGGAGCUGUGGGGGUGUGAAGUCUCCUACUGCUCUGAAUCUGGCAUCUUCCUUCGUGAUGAGGGGCGGGUCUCGAUCUAUGGGGGCAAGAUCCGCUGCUGCAGGUACGUCUUCACCUCCGGCGAUGGGCUGGGCAAGGAGCUGCGAUGCGAGUCAUGCUUGUUCGACGGCAACAGCCACUGCUGGUAUGACGAGGACAGGCCGUCGCAAGUUCACCUGCUCUAAGCUAAUCUCUUAGUAAAGUGCGCGUGCGAU